AACCCAACAUUACAAUCCCGAGAGGAGUUUGGUUAUCCCAGCCCUGUCUUUCUCCCUAGUAAAAAAAAAAUCAGCUUCAACACCAUUGCAAAGCGCAGGAAUCAGAUUGAUUUCUUGAGCAUGAACGCGGGUCAGUCCUCCCACUUCCCACAGCAAAGUGCCUGAAUCUUAGCUUUUCAGUCUACGCACACUCACUGGGCUGAAGGGCUGUCCGCUCCGGGUUCUAGAGGACCAUGCCAGGUUUUCUAAGUAACACGUAAUCACUGGGAAGUCCAGGGUGGGAUGAAAACCUGGAGAAAUGGCUCAGGAUCUGGAGCGGAUCUCAGCGGGCUAGCCUAUAUGUCCCCAGUUCUGGUUCUUUUUGUCCCACCCGAGCACUGAACAUUGAACUGUUAACAGUCCUGAUGACAGAUUUAAUUUGAGCUCUUUGAUGGCACUCAGUUCCUAAACAUGAGGGAUAGUUAGCUGUUGUGUUUCAUUAGUGUCUUAAGAUCUCCGGCUUUCGAACAGAUACAAAUUAAUUUCAGUACAGAGCUCAGCUAGAGUCUCUUCUAAACCCAAGGGAAGUGUGGUCUCGUCAGCGAAUUGGUUCAGGAAGUGCUCGACUGCACGUGAGACUGCAAGACUUCGGAUCAAUUGGCUCAAGCAACUGAACCCACCCACAGCUGCCCAGUCCUGGUGAGAAGCAGGGCAACCCGGAGCCCGCAGGCUGGACUUCACCCAGGCCAGGACAUCUGUCCGUACCGGUGAGCAAGACGGCAUCAGAACAUAAUGGGUACAAACCAUCUGGAUCAUUGGACAGCUAAUGGAUCCCAGGGCCUCCUCCAUCUGUUUCUUGCAAGUGUGGCUGGGAAGCUCGUUCCACACUCCCACCACCGUUAGCGUGCAGAAGCGCCCCCCUGUUCUCGGUUUUAAAUGCACAUCCAUGUAGUUUCCACGUGUGUCCUCUGGUGCUUGCUGUUCAUUCUGAAAGAAAUCCGCUGGGUGGCACUGACGAUGCCUUUGAGACAUUUUGAAUACUUGUAGCAUUUUCUCUUGUAGUCUCGACUCUGAACUGAUUGAGCGGCAAUAUCUUUUCUGCAUGACCUGGUGACCGAAAUCAUCUUUGGGAGGUGGAAGGAAACGCUAGUGGACCAAGCAGACUCCACACAGAAGGCGCUCCUGUCCGUGACGCCAGAGCUGUGAGGAAACAGCAGCGCUGACCGCCGGGCCGAGUGGAAUUACGUGCAAUCCUGAGAGAAAAAUUUAAAAGUCUGAAAUGUGACGAUUCCGCUGCCUCGGAAGGUUUCGUGGGCGAGGCUGGUUGGAAUAGCCUAUAAACACCAGUCUGAGCACAAGAUGACACUCACAGUUUCUGUUUUGGCUAAAUCUGUUUUCUGUUUGUUUUUGAAAGGCAGCAGCACAGGCGGGGAGAAGGCAGAGUGAUCGUGGGCGUGUCUCCGGGAGAGAGAGAGAGAGAGAGAGGUUUUCACAGGCCGCCCAGGUGAGCUCUUCACUUCCGAAGUCAGUUCACCUGGGCUUGCAGUGCAGAGCGAGACGCAGCUCGCUUCGCCGUAUUUCCUGGCUUCGCUUCUCGCCUGCUGCCCACAGCUCUUCGCUCCAAAAGCAGGGAAAGCUGUAGUUAUCUCCGUUGUGAACAUUUUUUGUUGUCGUUUCUCCACACUAACGACAAUCGUGCGACGAUGUCCUUGCCCGUGUCUCCCGGCGCUUCCUCGUACCGGACCGUGAGCUUCUCUUCCUCAUCCUUGUCGCCGAUGUCCCCAGAGCUGCCGGUCUCGGGCGUUCCGGUUUCGGGGCUGCAGAUGACGGGGGUACCGGUCCAGUACGUGACCAACGGAGCCGGCAUGGAAGGCAAUGUGGUCUACGAGACGGUCCGGUACCUGGUCCCGGUCGAAAGGAAAGUUAUGCCCGAGUCGUAUUGGUUGGUUGACAACAGACAGCAGCUCAUGGCAACUCCAACCUACGUGCAGAGGUACAGCGUCAGCAGCGCCGACGGACUGGACACCGUUUAUCAACAGCAACACGUACAACAACAGAGCACGAUACACCUGGACGACAUGGCCGCCUCCAAUGGGAAAACUCCAUCUGUGUUCAGCCAGACCUCGAGCCCUGCCAAGAGCCCUGAGCCCAGCUCCAGUGAGAAGACUGUGCUCAGCGAGACGGUAGAGAGGAGCAGCGUGGUGAAGACGGAGGCCAGGGUGGUCUCCUCGCAGGCGGCAGAGCAGCCGAAGCAGAACAAGCUGGACAAUCGCUUCUUCGGGGAGCUGCUGGCCGAGGUGUACCGCAAGAACUCCGACAUCUACAGCUGCAUCGCCGACCAUGUGGGCAAGAUCCGCGGCCAGAAACACCACCUGGACAACACAAUUGACUAUAAGGCGGAGAAAGAGCAGGUGGAGGGUUUGAUCCCGAAGGAUGCAUCCGAACUGACCAAGCAGCAGAUCCGCUACCUGCUGGAGACCCGGAUGACCGCUGACAAGACUCUCCGUCUGCUGCUGUCCACUUUCAGCAGCCUGAGGGAGGAGCUCAUGCACCUGCAGCAGGACCUCCAGAGGCUGGAGAUGGACAAGGAGAGUCUGGAGAGCGACCUCAGCUUCAAGGCUGACCAGGCCCAGCAGUACGACCGGCUCCUGGAGUCCGUCCGCGAGAAUAACCGCCAGCUGCAGCUGUCGCUGAAGGAGAGCGCCAUGGUGCAGCGCAGCCUGGAGAGCCAGCUCCUCACCACCAAGCACACGGAGUCCGACCGGGAUUACCGGCUCAAGGAGCUGGAGUGCAGCAAGAAGGCGCUGGAGCAGGAGAACGAGAUUCUCCGGCAGAAGCUGUCUGGUCAGUGCACCAGCCCCAGCUUCCAGGCCAAGUCUGAAGAGAUCUCCAGAUACCACAUGGAGAUGAUCAGCAGCCUGCGUGAGGAGAAGGACAAGGAGCUGGAGGCCCUGAGGACUCAGCUCAACAGGAUACAGACAGAGUUCUCCUCCAAAAGCAGCAGCGACCACAGCCUGCAGCUGCGGAUCACGGAGCUCAUGUCCUCCCUGGAGCAAAAGGAGAGCCUCAUCAAGAAGCAGGAGGAGGAGCUAAGGAGGCUGCAGAACGAGAGAAACGAAGCCCUGAGCCAGUCCAAGAACAGCGUCACCAAGACCAUCAUCACCAAAAAGUACAGGAACCAGUAUCCGAUCCUGGGGCUGCUCAGCGACGACUAUCAGGCCACCUCGCCCGUGAAAGAGGCCAAGACCAUUGUGAUCGAGAGGACUGGGGAGAUGUACAAACAGGUACGCCCACCAUCUCCUGUGCAGCCGAAGGGCACCCUCUGACUUCACUGUGCUUUACCACACCGGACCAAUACUGUGAUUGACCAGUGACGUGCACAGCUGAGUGCACACUACACAUCCCUCUACAGUGGUGUAUUCCACUAUGCCAAAGGGCCAGGACCCUGGGCUUUGCAACUUUCUGCAUCACUGAUGCUCCUGCAGGCCCAAGGGAUUAAUGCCCCUGUAACAGCCUUGUGUUCCUUUGAGACCUGGUAAUGUGGUAAAUAUGUUCUAAAGCCUGUUUGCCUCACUCAUGUAAUCGUAUGGUCAGGUGUAGUAAAGCAGAGUAAAGCCUCGAUUAAAGUUCACUGCGCUAAUGUUGUAAAUCUGCAGUAAAGGUGCAAAACAUCAGUGAUAAAAAUUGCCAAGAUAAACCUUUAUAAAGGAGUCAUUCCCCUACAGACUGGAUCAGCCAGACCAAGGACCUUCAGUUGCUCACCUCCCUCCAUUUGCACUGAUUAAAUCCAUCAAUAAUUCAGUUGCUUUACUAAGAGCUCAGGUGGCUCAAACUCCAGAACUCUGGAUGGCUGGGGACAAGGGGGGAGUUUUGCUUCAGAGCCUUUUCAUUCUAGUGCAACUUAAUCAUGAAGUUCAAAUGUCCAAGGCUGAGCUAAAGGGAGUGGGCUUCCUUUGGGGAAUUUGCUCUAUUAUUGUCACAGAGAAAGAAAGAUACAAAGAAUCUUAUGCAGAUCUUUAAUGGAUAAAGCUGGUUUGUGCAUGUGGUCCUUUAAGGAGCCAGUACUUGAGCUGUCACAAGUGUUAACCUAAAUUAAUUUGUUUUUUGGGAUCUUCUAAGUAUUAUGUACUCUGAAACCUCAGGACCUGACUUCCCAUGUGUACAAAAAUGUAUGCAUUACUCCAGUCCUGGAUGGACAGCUUCUAGAUUUCACUCCGUCCGGGGCUCUUAAUUACCUAAUUGAUCUCAUUAUUUACUUUACUUGACAAGUGGAAGCCUCUCCUUAUUCUUCAGCAGCUGCAGAGUUAACGAGACCUGGAAAACGUGCCGGACAGUGUCCGCUGAGGACCAGAGUCCUUGGGCUUCUUAAAUUGUUGAUAAUAAAUCCUUAAUUAUGAAGAACUAAUGAAGUCCGCAAUGGAUUCAAUUAGGAGUAAGUGAUAAAGAGCUUUGGAAAAUCGGAAUGUAGACGAGAAUGAAGCUUCCCAGCAUUCAAAGUGUUAAAUGAACAAGCUCUCGUCUUUAGCAAUCAGGUCCCUGGGGCUAAAAGUUGACACCUGAACUGUAAGGCGUAAAGGGCUUAACAUGCAUUGGAGUUGCUGUGCGUUGUUCAGAGUGCUGUUGAAUUAGCUGCAGGUGCAGAAGGAGGGUGGGGAGCACCUGGAGUUCCCUCACAGUCACGCACACAUGUGCAGAAAUGAAGUGGCCGACUGCCAAUCUGGUUAAGUUCCUGAAACGCCUUUCACACUCCUCCCCCUGUGGGCUCGACAAGCUGACGUCUUUGUUCCUGGUGGUCCUGGUCUUGAGUACUAAUUCCAGCCUCAGCUGGGGAUACUCUCUCUCCGUUAGCAUGACAGCCUUGAGCCGACACAUACUGUCCUGUCCAGUCCAGCCUGCAGCCCCUCUCACUCCUCUCCACUCCAGCAUCUCACAGCCCCCCCACUCCUCAGUUCAUUAGUCGUUAAUUAGCAGGAUCAAUAUAACAAUUAAGCUGCUGGGGGCACUAACAAGGUGCAAUUGCUGUGAGCUGAUUUAGAGGAACAGUCACCGCAGGGCACACACUGACAGGAUAUGCAACUACUGCCGCAGGUGGCAAAAGCUGGAAAAAAAUGAACUGUGUUUGUGUGUUGCACAGUUAACCGUUUUCAUCUAAUCGAUCAGGUGUGAGUUGACUUCAUGAUUUUAUUACAUCUCAUUAAAUAUUUGAUGCAUACUAUAUUUUGCAGGAUGUACAGUAUUUGUUUCCCUUAUGUUCCUCGUGGUCUGUGGGUUUUCAUUCCAACUGAAUGCUGUCCCCAGUUCUGCACGUGCAGACGGACAGAAAGCCCUCCUGAGCUGCGCACCCCUGAUGUGCUUAUUUAAACUAGCAGGGACACCUACAGUUUGCAAUGAAAAUGACUCUCCUGUCUGUGCCUUAAGGGCAGCAUUAGCUUGCGUGUGGGGCGUUGGGUAAGGAUCAGUGGGUGGAGUUGGUUUCAGUACAGAUUUCUGGCCGACUGCUUGUCCUGUAUCACAUGGUGUCGCAGGUGACCCCUGCUGGCCAGAUGGGGUAAAGCCACUGCCUGCACUAUGAGAAACAACAGGAGGGGCGCCCGGCCCGUUUAGUCAGUAGCUCAUGGAUCCAAGGACCUCAUCCACCCAUUUUGUGAAUGAAGGAAGAGCACCAGCUUCAGCAACAUAGCUGCACAGCUUGCUCCAGACUCCCACCACCCUUUGUGUAAAGACGUGAAACCCCACCCACCCUCCGAUCUCGGUUCUAAAUGCAUUCAGACUCAGCUGGGGGAACCUCCUCUUGAGCAGCAGCGAAUAAAGAGCCUGCCUCUGGCGCAGGAAGGGGUCACGAGUUCGAAACCGGGUCUCUCGCAGGGGAGUGGAGCUGACUGAGUGAAGUCUGCUGUAGAUAACGGCUCUUCUGUUUUGUUUU